AUGGCCCCCCACACAGCCUCGCGCCCGCUCUCUGCGGCAAGCGAGAAACAGGCCCUCGAGCAGUCGCUCGCUUCCCCGGCGUCCGCCGCACAAUGGCGUCCACUCUCCCCCAUGGCUUCCCCUGCCCCGACACGGCCAACACAUCCGCCAGCACCCUCGCGCUUUUCCAGCGCUGCUCCCGCAUACUCGCCCUUAUCAUCACACCCAUACUCUCACUCCGAUGUACAGUCUCAUUACUUCGCCUACCCGGAUCCAUCGUUGCACUCUGAAUACGUUCUCCCGCCAAGAAGAGUGCGGUGCAUGACGCACCUCAGGCCCUGGCUACCGCUCAUCGCCUAUCUUGCUACGACCCUCGCCUUCAUCGCCGCAUUUGCUUUUUGGAGGACAGAACUCUUCCAAGGGCUUGAUGAUCUCUCAAGAUGGCUGAAGGAGGACUACUACGGAUAUGCAGCACUCUUCUUCCUCAUCUUCGCAACAUGUUUUCCGCCUAUACCGUUGUACUCGACCCUCAUCGUCCUAUCAGGUUACACCUUCGGCGCAUUGGAAGGUGCCGUACUUUCGUACUGUGCAGCACUGUCAGGCGCUGUCGUGGUCUUCCUGCUCUCGCGAUACGUCUGCAAGGACAUUAUCUCGCGUUGGCUGGCCUCCGUACGAUCUAUCGGCCGCGUAUGCCGCGCAAUCGAGAAGCGACCAACACUACUAUUCCUCAUCCGUCUGGCGCCAUACCCCUACAACGUUAUGAACUGCCUCCUCGCGGCAUCACCCACGCUUUCCUUCCGCACAUACGUCUCCUGCACCGCGCUAUCGCUCUUCAAGGUGUACAUACACACCUACCUCGGCGCGAGCAUACACUCUUUCGCAGAGUACCAUGCACACUCCGCAGAACACGAAAAGGAGGACGAGAGCCCCCUGGGCAUGUACUAUACCGUUGGUGGUGUUGCGCUGUGCGUCGGCAUCAUCAUCUACCUCGCCAUUGUCGCGCGCCGCGCAGUGGACUGCGAGCUCGAUGGCGAGGAUGAGCUGCCGACACAUACUGCCGAGGAGACUGCAUCUUUCCUCGCGCAUACGGAUGGAGAGGACGAGGACGACGCGCCGGCAUAUAUGACCGAGCGCGCUGUCACCCCUGUCGCGUCGACCGCGAAAGGCGAAAACAUCGUCUGA